UGCAGAGGACCACUUUCAUUUUGAAGCUGCUGACUGCAUGUUUUAGCAUGUCUCUUCUAUUAGAGGAUCCAGGCAUGGCAGGUUCCUCCCUGAAGUGUGCAGGGAUCUUCUUCAUGUCUAUGCCUGUCGCUAGACAUAACGGUCUCUGGGGAUGGGUGAGGAAAAUAAGGGAUGUUUCAAAGGCACUGUGAUGCUGAGAGGGCAGUCUGCUAGCUUGUGGAUGAAAGGUCCUGGUCUACUUCCCCCCAAAAUGUGGAAAUUGUGUAGUAACUUAUGUUAUUUUAAAUUUCCCUGUUUGGUAUGGCAUAUGCUGCAGAAAUGAUCUGGAUACGAGUGAAUUUUACUCUUAAAAAAUGCACUUCACAUAAUUAAAUGGUAAUUUUCAUUCUUGUAGGGUAGGGGUUAAAAUGAAUUGAUACUUCAAAAAGAGGGAAAAAUAGAUAAGUGAUUUAUACAGAUGGCAUUCAGGAGUCAAGAUUUUGGUUGUAUUAUUUCAAAAAGCAUAGACACUCCUGCCACUGGUUCACAGAUAAUGUUUGAAAUGAUUAGUGUGCUCUAUUGAGAUAUAUAUGUUAGCCCAGUAAAAUAUGAUUAGAAUACACUAAGGCUCCAUUUAUGUUAUCACAAAGACCAAGAUAACAGGAGUUCACUUAAAAGAUAAACUAUCUUAAACUUAUGAUUUUUUUCAAUUCCAAAUCUGUGGAUUUUUAAGAAAUGGGCACCAUUUGAGAAAAUGAGCUAUCUCUACAGUACUGCAAAUUUGUUAAUUUAAGAAGCAAUUACACUAGCUAGCAGCAGGUUGCUAAACCAGGGGGUCCAAGCUCCAGACCUCUGACGUGGGUGACUUCCUGCCUGGUUUGGCAGGAGCUGGAUCCCUUCCUGUGCAGCUUCCGAGCAGUUCCAAACGUAAUCGGGCAUCCCCUACUCCUUCCUUCUCCCUUGCUUUCAAGCAGUUUCUACCUGUGUUUCCACAGCCUAGCAUUUCAGGAUUUCCAGAGCUCUCUACCAGCACUUUCUUAUGCAAGGAGCUAAACAGUGAUUAAAGGAGCAGGAUGAAAAGAUGGCACAGUCAGUACUGGUACCGCCAGGACCUGACAGCUUCCGCUUCUUUACCAGGGAAUCCCUUGCUGCUAUUGAACAACGCAUUGCAGAAGAGAAAGCUAAGAGACCCAAACAAGAGCGCAAGGAUGAGGAUGAUGAAAAUGGCCCAAAGCCAAAUAGUGACUUGGAAGCAGGAAAAUCCCUUCCAUUUAUUUAUGGAGACAUCCCUCCAGAGAUGGUGUCAGAGCCGCUGGAGGACCUGGACCCAUACUAUAUCAAUAAGAAAACAUUUAUAGUAUUGAAUAAAGGGAAAGCAAUUUCUCGAUUCAGUGCCACCCCUGCCCUGUACAUUUUAACUCCCUUCAACCCUAUUAGAAAAUUAGCUAUUAAGAUUUUGGUACAUUCUUUAUUCAAUGUGCUCAUUAUGUGCACUAUUCUUACCAACUGUGUAUUUAUGACCAUGAGUAACCCUCCAGACUGGACAAAGAAUGUGGAGUACACCUUUACAGGAAUUUAUACUUUUGAAUCACUUAUAAAAAUACUUGCAAGGGGCUUUUGUUUAGAAGAUUUCACAUUUCUACGGGAUCCAUGGAAUUGGUUGGAUUUCACAGUCAUUACUUUUGCAUAUGUGACAGAAUUUGUGGACCUGGGCAAUGUCUCAGCGUUGAGAACAUUCAGAGUUCUCCGAGCAUUGAAAACAAUUUCAGUCAUUCCAGGCCUGAAGACCAUCGUGGGGGCCCUAAUCCAGUCGGUGAAGAAGCUCUCAGAUGUAAUGAUCCUGACUGUGUUCUGUCUGAGCGUGUUUGCACUAAUAGGAUUACAGCUGUUUAUGGGCAACCUGCGAAAUAAAUGUUUACAAUGGCCCCCAGAUAAUUCUUCCUUUGAAAUAAACAUCACUUCCUUCUUUAAUAGCUCAUUGGAUGGGAACGGUACCACUUUCAAUAGGACAGUGAGCAUGUUUAACUGGGAUGAAUAUAUUGAAGAUAAAAGUCACUUUUAUUUUUUGGAAGGGCAAAACGAUGCUCUGCUUUGUGGCAACAGCUCAGAUGCAGGCCAGUGUCCAGAAGGAUACAUCUGUGUGAAGGCUGGUCGAAACCCCAACUAUGGCUACACAAGCUUUGACACUUUUAGCUGGGCUUUCUUGUCCUUAUUUCGUCUCAUGACUCAAGACUUCUGGGAAAACCUUUAUCAACUGACACUACGUGCUGCUGGAAAAACAUACAUGAUAUUUUUUGUGCUGGUCAUUUUCUUGGGCUCAUUCUACCUUAUAAAUUUAAUCCUGGCUGUGGUUGCCAUGGCCUAUGAGGAACAGAACCAGGCAACACUGGAAGAGGCUGAACAGAAAGAAGCUGAAUUUCAGCAGAUGCUUGAACAAUUAAAAAAGCAACAAGAAGAAGCUCAGGCAGCAGCUGCAGCAGCAUCUGCUGAAUCAAGAGACUUCAGUGGUGCUGGCGGGAUAGGGGUUUUCUCAGAAAGUUCUUCAGUAGCAUCAAAGUUGAGCUCCAAGAGUGAAAAAGAGCUGAAAAACAGACGGAAGAAAAAGAAACAGAAAGAACAGUCUGGAGAAGAAGAAAAGGAAGAUGGGGUCCACAAAUCUGAAUCCGAAGACAGCAUAAGAAAAAAAGGUUUCCGUUUUUCCUUAGAAGGAAGCAGGCUGACAUAUGAAAAGAGGUUUUCCUCUCCACACCAGUCUUUAUUGAGCAUCCGUGGCUCCCUUUUCUCUCCAAGACGCAACAGUAGGGCUAGCCUUUUCAGCUUCAGAGGUCGAGCCAAGGAUAUUGGCUCUGAGAAUGACUUUGCUGAUGAUGAGCACAGCACCUUUGAAGACAAUGACAGCAGAAGAGACUCUCUGUUUGUGCCGCACAGACACGGGGAGCGGCGCCACAGCAACGUCAGCCAGGCCAGCCGUGCCUCCAGGGUGCUCCCUAUUCUGCCCAUGAACGGGAAGAUGCACAGCGCUGUGGAUUGCAAUGGCGUGGUCUCCCUGAUCGGAGGCCCUUCUGCCCUCACAUCUCCUGCUGGGCAGCUCCUGCCAGAGGGCACAACUACUGAAACAGAAAUAAGAAAGAGACGGUCCAGUUCUUAUCAUGUUUCAAUGGAUCUGUUGGAAGAUCCUACAGCAAGGCAAAGAGCAAUGAGUAUGGCUAGUAUUUUGACCAACACCAUGGAAGAACUUGAAGAAUCCAGACAGAAAUGCCCACCCUGCUGGUAUAAAUUUGCUAACAUGUGUUUGAUUUGGGACUGCUGUAAACCAUGGUUGAAGGUGAAACAUCUCGUCAACCUGGUCGUAAUGGACCCUUUUGUUGACCUGGCCAUCACCAUCUGCAUUGUCUUGAAUACCCUUUUCAUGGCCAUGGAGCACUAUCCCAUGACAGAGCAGUUCAGCAGUGUGCUGUCAGUUGGGAACCUGGUCUUCACUGGGAUCUUUACAGCAGAAAUGUUUCUCAAGAUAAUUGCCAUGGAUCCGUAUUAUUACUUUCAAGAAGGCUGGAAUAUUUUUGAUGGUUUAAUUGUGAGCCUUAGUUUAAUGGAACUUGGUUUGGCAAACGUGGAAGGAUUAUCAGUUCUCCGAUCAUUUCGGCUGCUUAGAGUUUUCAAAUUGGCAAAAUCUUGGCCAACACUGAACAUGCUGAUAAAGAUCAUUGGUAACUCAGUCGGAGCUCUGGGUAACCUCACCUUGGUGUUGGCCAUCAUCGUCUUCAUUUUUGCUGUGGUUGGCAUGCAGCUCUUUGGCAAAAGCUACAAAGAAUGUGUCUGUAAGAUUUCCAAUGAUUGUGAACUCCCGCGCUGGCACAUGCAUGACUUCUUCCACUCUUUCCUGAUUGUGUUCCGGGUGCUGUGUGGAGAGUGGAUAGAGACCAUGUGGGACUGCAUGGAGGUCGCUGGUCAAACCAUGUGCCUUACUGUCUUCAUGAUGGUCAUGGUCAUUGGAAACCUGGUGGUUCUGAACCUCUUCCUGGCCUUACUCUUGAGUUCAUUCAGUUCUGACAAUCUUGCCGCCACUGACGACGAUAAUGAAAUGAAUAAUCUCCAGAUUGCCGUGGGAAGGAUGCAGAAAGGAAUCGAUUAUGUUAAAAGAAAAUUACGUGAAUUUAUUCAGAAAGCCUUUGUUAGAAAGCAGAAAGCUUUAGAUGAAAUUAAACCUCUUGAAGAUCUAAAUAACAAAAAAGACAGCUGUAUUUCCAACCAUACGACCAUAGAAAUAGGCAAAGACCUCAAUUAUCUGAAAGAUGGAAAUGGAACUACCAGUGGCAUAGGCAGCAGUGUAGAAAAGUAUGUCGUGGAUGAAAGUGAUUACAUGUCAUUUAUAAACAAUCCCAGCCUCACAGUGACUGUACCAAUUGCUGUUGGAGAAUCUGACUUUGAAAAUUUAAACACUGAAGAAUUCAGCAGCGAGUCAGAUAUGGAGGAGAGCAAAGAGAAGCUAAAUGCAACUAGUUCAUCUGAAGGCAGCACAGUUGAUAUAGGAGCUCCCGCUGAGGGAGAACAACCUGAGGUUGAACCUGAAGAAUCUCUGGAGCCUGAAGCCUGUUUUACAGAAGACUGUGUGCGGAAGUUUAAGUGUUGUCAAAUAAGCAUAGAUGAAGGCAAAGGGAAACUCUGGUGGAACCUGAGAAAAACUUGCUACAAGAUAGUGGAGCAUAACUGGUUUGAAACAUUCAUCGUCUUCAUGAUUCUGCUCAGCAGCGGGGCACUGGCCUUUGAAGAUAUAUAUAUUGAACAGCGAAAAACCAUUAAGACCAUGUUAGAAUAUGCCGAUAAAGUUUUCACUUAUAUAUUCAUCCUGGAAAUGCUUCUCAAGUGGAUUGCAUAUGGCUUUCAAGUGUAUUUUACCAAUGCCUGGUGCUGGCUAGAUUUCCUGAUUGUCGAUGUCUCAUUGGUUAGCUUAACUGCAAAUGCUUUGGGUUACUCCGAACUUGGUGCCAUCAAAUCCCUCAGAACACUAAGAGCUCUGAGGCCAUUGAGAGCCUUAUCCCGAUUUGAAGGAAUGAGGGUUGUUGUCAAUGCUCUUUUAGGAGCCAUUCCAUCCAUAAUGAAUGUACUUCUGGUUUGUCUGAUCUUUUGGUUAAUAUUCAGUAUCAUGGGAGUGAAUCUCUUUGCUGGCAAAUUUUAUCACUGUAUUAACUACACCACUGGAGAAAUGUUUGAUGUCAGUGUGGUCAACAACUACAGCGAGUGUAAGGCCCUCAUAGAGAGCAACGAAACUGCUCGGUGGAAGAAUGUGAAAGUCAACUUUGAUAAUGUGGGACUUGGGUAUCUUUCUCUGCUUCAAGUAGCCACAUUUAAGGGAUGGAUGGAUAUCAUGUAUGCUGCUGUUGAUUCACGAAAUGUAGAAUUACAACCCAAGUAUGAAGACAAUCUGUACAUGUAUCUUUAUUUUGUCAUCUUUAUUAUUUUUGGUUCGUUCUUUACUCUGAAUCUUUUCAUUGGUGUCAUCAUAGAUAACUUCAACCAACAGAAAAAGAAGUUUGGAGGUCAAGACAUUUUUAUGACAGAAGAACAGAAGAAAUACUACAAUGCAAUGAAAAAGCUGGGUUCAAAGAAACCACAGAAACCCAUACCUCGACCUGCUAACAAAUUCCAAGGAAUGGUCUUUGAUUUUGUAACCAAACAAGUCUUUGAUAUCAGCAUCAUGAUCCUUAUCUGCCUCAACAUGGUCACCAUGAUGGUGGAAACUGAUGACCAGAGUCAAGAAAUGACAAACAUUCUAUACUGGAUUAACCUGGUAUUUAUUGUUCUGUUCACUGGAGAAUGUGUGCUGAAACUAAUUUCUCUUCGUUAUUACUAUUUCACCAUCGGAUGGAAUAUCUUUGAUUUUGUGGUGGUCAUUCUCUCCAUUGUAGGUAUGUUUCUGGCUGAGCUGAUAGAGAAAUAUUUUGUGUCCCCUACCCUGUUCCGAGUGAUCCGUCUUGCCAGGAUUGGCCGCAUCCUGCGUCUGAUCAAAGGGGCCAAGGGGAUCCGCACGCUGCUCUUUGCUUUGAUGAUGUCCCUGCCUGCGCUGUUCAACAUCGGCCUCCUGCUCUUCCUGGUCAUGUUCAUCUACGCCAUCUUUGGAAUGUCCAACUUCGCCUAUGUUAAGAGGGAGGUGGGAAUUGAUGACAUGUUCAACUUUGAGACCUUUGGCAAUAGCAUGAUCUGCCUGUUCCAGAUCACCACCUCUGCUGGCUGGGAUGGACUGCUAGCACCUAUUCUUAAUAGUGGGCCUCCAGACUGUGAUCCUGAAAAAGAUCACCCUGGCAGCUCAGUUAAGGGAGACUGCGGGAACCCAUCUGUUGGGAUUUUCUUCUUUGUCAGUUACAUUAUCAUAUCAUUUCUGGUCGUGGUGAACAUGUACAUCGCUGUCAUCCUCGAGAACUUCAGUGUUGCUACUGAAGAAAGUGCAGAGCCCCUGAGUGAGGAUGACUUUGAGAUGUUCUAUGAGGUGUGGGAGAAGUUUGAUCCCGAUGCCACCCAGUUCAUAGAGUUCUCCAAGCUCUCAGAUUUUGCGGCUGCCCUGGAUCCUCCUCUCCUCAUAGCAAAACCAAACAAAGUCCAGCUCAUUGCCAUGGAUCUGCCUAUGGUCAGUGGAGACAGGAUCCACUGCCUCGACAUUUUAUUUGCUUUUACAAAGCGUGUUUUGGGUGAGAGUGGAGAGAUGGAUGCUCUUCGAAUACAGAUGGAAGAAAGAUUCAUGGCCUCAAACCCCUCCAAAGUCUCCUAUGAACCCAUUACAACCACUUUGAAACGCAAACAAGAGGAGGUGUCUGCUAUUGUUAUCCAGAGGGCUUAUAGACGCUACCUCUUGAAGCAAAAGGUUAAAAAAGUUUCGUGUAUAUAUAAAAAGGACAAAGGCAAAGAAGGUGAUGGAACACCCAUCAAGGAAGACAUCCUCACUGAUAAACUCAAUGAGAACUCAACUCCAGAGAAAACCGAUGUGACACCUUCCACCACAUCUCCACCUUCCUAUGAUAGUGUGACCAAGCCAGAAAAAGAAAAAUUUGAGAAAGACAAAUCAGAAAAGGAAGACAAAGGGAAAGAUAUCAGGGAAAGCAAAAAGUAAAAAGAAACAAAGAAUAUUCCAUUUUGUGAUCAAUUGUUUACAGCCUGUGAUGAUGAUGAUUUGUUUGUGUCAACAGGACUCCCACAGGAGGCCUAUGCCAAACUGACUGUUUUUACAAAUGUACACUCAAGGUCAGUGCCUAUAACAAGACAGGGACCUCUGGUCAGCAAACUGGGACUCAAUAAACCGAGAAACAGUAUCGGCAGGAGGUUUCUGUGUUCACAACCAGCUGACACUGCUGAAGAGCAGAGAGUAAUGGCUACUCAGACUCUAGGAACCAAUACAAAGGGGGGAGGGACGUUAAAUUUUUAUGUAAAUUCAACACGUGACACUUGAUAACAGUAAUUGUCACCACUGUUUAUGUUCUAACUGCCACACCUGCCAUAUUUUUACAAAAUGUAUGCUGUGAAUUGAUCACUUUUUUUUUUUAAAUUCACAGGUUGUUUACUAUUAUAUGUGACUAUUUUUGUACAUGGGUUUAUGUUUGGGAAGAGGGAGUAAAUGUAGGAAAUUCUAUGUUUCUCUAUCGUAUAACUGGAUAUAUUUUAAAUGAAGGCAUGCUGCACUUCUCAUUCUCACAUAAAAAAAAUCACAUCUCGAAAGGAAAGAGUUUACUUCUUGUGUCAGAAUGUUUUUAGAUUUUUGAGGUGCUUAAAUAGCUAUUCAUGUAUUUAAGAUGUCUCAUUCAGAAAAAUUUUACUGUGCCUGUAAAUGUUCCAUAGAAUUCACAAGCAUUAAAAAAUUGUUUUAUUUUUACGUAAUCCAUUAUAUGUACAUGUAUAUAUGUAUAUAUGUAUAUGUCCGUGUAUAUACAUAUAUAUGUACACACACACACAAACACACACACACCAUUACAUAGUCAUUCAGAGUCCCAGCAUGACUGUAACAUUUUUGAUAAGUGUCCUUUGACAUAAAAUAAAAAAUAUCCUAUCAGUCCUUUCUAAGAACCUGAAUUGACCAAAAAGCAUCCUCCACCACCACUUUAUAAAGUUGAUUCUGCUUUUUCCUGCAGUAUUGUUUAGCCAUCUUCUGCUCUUGGUAAGGUUGACAUAGUAUAUGUCAAUUUAAAAAAUAAAAGUCUGCUUUGUAAAUAGUAAUUUUACCCAGUGGUGCAUGUUUGAGCAAACAAAAAUGACGACUUAAGCACAGUAUUUAUUGCAUCAAAUAUGUACCACAGUAAGUAUAGUUUGCAAGCUUUCAACAGGUAAUAUGAUGUAAUUGGUUCCAUUAUAGUUUGAAGCUGUCACUGCUGCAUGUUUAUCUUGCCUCUGCUGCUGCAUCUUAUUCCUUCCACUGUUCAGAAGUCUAAUAUGGGAAGCCAUAUGUCAGUGGUAAAGUGAAGCAAAUUGUACUACCAAGACCUCAUUCUUCAUGUCAUUAAGCAAUAGGUUGCAGCAAACAAUGAAGAGCUUCUUGCUUUUUAUCCUUCCAAUCUUAAUUGAAUACUCUAUGGUAAAAAGCCCAAUGUACAAACAUGUUGCAAGCUGCUUAAUUCUGUUGAGAAUAUAUGGUUAGAGUUUUCUAAGAAAAUAUAAAUACUGUACAAAUUUCAUUUUAUUUUAUUUUUCAGCUUUUUGUACAUAAAAUGAGAAAUUUAAAGUACCUUCAGGUUGAUGUCACAGUCACUAUUGUUAGUUUCUGUUCCUAGCACUUUUAAAUUAAAGCACUUCACAAAAUAAGAAACAAAGACUAAAAUGCAGUGUAGGUUCUUGCUUUUUUAUUAGUACUGUAAACUUUGCACACAUUUCAAUGUGAAACAAAUCUCAGACUGAGUCCAGCAUUUAUUCGCUUUCAAAUAGUGAUGCCUUAUCAUCGAAAGAGGCUUAAGGAAAGAUCAUUUGAUAUUCUUGGUAUUGCUUGAAUCAGAAUCCACCUAGUCUUUUUAUUCAGUAAAUCAUCAGUCUUUUCCAGUGUUUGUUUACACAUAUAGAUCUUAUUCUUACUGACCCAUAUGGCAUUAGAACUUUACCAGAUAUGAUACAAGAUCCAAGCUUUUUUUUUUCUCCACAAAAACUAUAUAAGUGAAAUUAUAAUACCAGUUACAGCAAAACAUUUUGUGUUUCUUUCGCAGGCAACAUUAAAUGUAGAUUCUUUAUACUAAAGCUAUUGACUUGUAGUGUGUUGGUGAAAUGCAUGCAGGAAAAUGCUAUUACCAUAAAGAACGGUAAGCCACAUUACAAUCAAGCCAAAAAAUAAAGAUUUUGCUUUUGUUUUUGUAUUUAAUUGUUCUGUCUUUGUUUCUAUCUUUGAAAUGCCAUUUAAAGGUAAAUUUCUAUCAUGUAAAAUGAUCUAUCAGAAAAAAUAAAUGUAAAAAUACACAUUAAAUAUAAUAAUUCAUCUUUAAAUUUUUUCAUGGAAUGGAACUUAAUUAAGAAGAGUGUACUGGAUAUCUAGUUUUAAUAUUGGCCAAAAACCUAGAUAUGGUAUUGAAUAGAGUAGUGGAAAAUUACAAAAAUUAAUAAAAAAUUGACUA